ACAUGUGCUGACUGUUUUGCGUAUUAUUUUUUACAAAUUAUUUUAUUAAUUUGUAAACAUGCGCAUUCAAACGUGUUAUUUUUGCUCCAGCAAAAUAUAUCCUGGCCACGGGGUGGAAUUUGUGCGCAAUGAUUGCAAAAUCUUCAAAUUCUGCCGAGGAAAAUGUCACAAGGCCUUCAAGCGCAAGAAGAAUCCACGUAAGGUAGCAUGGACAAAGGCUUACCGCAAGGCGGCUGGCAAAGAGUUAGCAGUCGAUCCCAGUUUUGAGUUCGAGAAACGCCGCAAUGUGCCCGUCAAGUACAGCCGCGAAACUUGGCAGAAGUCUAUCGAGGCGAUUAAGAAGAUUACAGAGAUCAAGGAGCGUCGCGAGAAACACUUUGUUAUGGAACGCCUGCGCAAGGGCAGACAGGUUGAAAUCCAAAUGGAUGUUAGGGAUGUUCAACAAAACAUGUCGCUUAUACGUUCACCUGCUGCUGGCUUGAAAGAGCGCCGUGCCAAGGAAGAUGCAGAACAGGCAGCGCUUAUGGAGGAAGAUCUGCCUGAAGAGGAGAUCACCUAUGUGGAUGCACGUGAGCUUGAAAAGAAACUUGAGGAGGGCCUGGACAUAGAUGACUUGGAGAUGUUAGAAGCUUAAGAAAUUAAAACAAAUAUAGUUUAAGUUUGCGCAAAAAUAAACAUAGUUAAAAAACCGUGGUAAAAC